UCAUCAUUUUUCAUUCAUCUAAAACUGCAUUUCACAUUUCACUACAUCAACUUUUAUUUCAUAAAUUGUAUUUUAAGUAAUUAAAAAGUGCUAUCUGCUACGCCUAUUCACAGCUUAGUUUCACUUUUUUCCCUCAUUCAUCUUCCAUCUAGUUCUAAAAAAGAUCUCAUCGCAGUAAACGCUCUUCUUCCACCUUCCGCUACUCGUGCGGAUCAAGGCAUCAGCAAUCUCAGAUAGUUUGGAGCAUGUCAACCCUUAUUUCGAUACCCUUUUAAAUUAGAGUGAAACAUGUUUUGGAAAAAAGAAUCAACAGCUGCCAACAUCACACCUUUAACAGUGACACUCAAUGCAUCAGACGAAGGGAACCAUCAAUACAACCUCUUACAGACUGUUGAUCACGAUUUCAAUGAAAAAACUGCUUCAAGUGGGCGUGCAAGCAAGCUUUCACGACUACAGUCGGCAGAGCAGACUGUUAGACCUGUUGAUCCUUGCAGCACUGCUCAGAGACGAUUUUUUACGUCGGAUGGACUUUCAAUCGCUCGCACAAGGAAUUUGACAAUCCUUGGAAAAGCAGAAGGGCCACGCUUUAGACCUUCGCCGGCGAUGGCGGCACAUAUCCCAGCGAAGACGUCGGCUUUCAAACUGCUUGCGAAUUUCAGCAAAUACAGCGCCGGGCAUUAUGUUGUUCUAUGGAGGGUUAAAGCAUUGAGUGACUUUAAAAUACCUAAUGGACUUCAUUUUGUUGUUAAUGUAUCGUAUGAGGCGGAGCCAGAUGUUACUGGUACUCUAGAUCUUAUCAUGCCUGCUCAUAAACUAAGCAUUCUAGCUAAGGAUACAUGGUAUGACCUUGUUCUGGAGGAAAAAUUGGUGAUUCAGCCACAUUUGGGAUCCGCCCAAGUGCAAGCUGUCCUCUGCAACAAUGAGAACGUCGACAGAGAAGAGUUUUCUGGAUUCGUAAUCGACUGUGUUGAGAUCAGGCCAAUGGCAAUGAAAAUAGAGCGACAAGAUGGGGUCUCUAAUUUCUAUGUCCCAAGAGCAGCGACGCCCAACUUCAUUAUCGAUACGCCACAGCUGCAUCUAAAAUCUGUUGAUUCAACCUGUCCACCAGCGCCAGCUCCUGUCACGAAAUUGGCAUCGUCCAGGAACAGUCAGUUUCUAGCAUCUCUGUCCCUCUCAAAGAACGAAGCUUUUAUCACGAUUUGGGAUAUGGGCGUCAUCAGGAAUCCCUCCAAUCCAUCCAGAAAUAUAGGAAAACUAUACAAAGCCAGCGCUUCUGCCGUUGUCUAUCACCGAGGAGUAGGCGAUCUUUCUAUUGGACUUUCACUUUCGACCUCAGGAGAUCAAGUCGCCAUAUUUCAGGAGCCUAAAAUCGGCGAGUGGGCCGAUGGAUCAGAAGUGGAGAGGGCAGUGUUCCCGUUCAGACUGUUUAACAACCCGUUGGUCCCUCAACGCUCGGUUAUUGUGGAUAUAAAUACACCACCGAAUAGAAAUAUGCCUAAAAAUAUGAAUACUUCGGCCAACAACGACUACGAUUGGGGCAAUACCUUGGCUUCCACAGAUUCAUCUUCAGAAAAUAUGGAGUUGCAAGAAGUGCGGAUGGACCUCGAAAUCCUUCAUACAUUCAUUGGGUUUGGAGAAUUUUUGCCAGAGACAAGGAAGAGCGAUUGGGAAAAGAAUGAUGUCAACAGUGCUCUGCUCUCGAGCGGGGAAGGCGAAGGGACUGAAGACAACAAUGAGGAUUCAAAGGAAUUUGGUGUCAAGAACAUUGUGUCUCAACCAAGUACCAUGUUUGCGGCUUGUAAUGGGCUUUAUUUGGACGUUUUUGAGAUCUCAGCGGAUAAAAAAUGGCAACGUCUUCAUACAAUUACACUUUCAGACCUGCAACCUACACUUUCGAGACGCAUCACAUGCAAGAUGAUGAUGGAAGUGAUCAGUAGCAAUACGUUUAUGUGGUUAGAGGAUGAUGGACGCAGCUGCACUAUUUGGAAUCUGUUAACAGGAUCCAAUAUCACCCAUAUUUCGAGUAUCGAAAACGCCAAGUUUAAAGGACCUACCUUCCGGGGGCACAGCAAGAUGGCUAUCUCGCCACAUGAGUCCAUUGUGGCGCUUGCAAGUGUGGAUGGUAGCCUGACAACAUAUUUUGCCAACACAGGAAUGGCAAUUGACGAUCGCAAGUUCCCAGGAUAUAAAGUUGAACAUGUAGGCUUCCAUGCCCAGGACGAUCAACUAUUUGUAAUACUUCGCAACAGCGCUACUUCCGAGCUAAGCGCACGGGUCUUGGACACGCUGCAGCUCAAAUCCGAGAUUAUAGUCAAUCAAGUCCCGAUCCCAACCAUUGGUUCAGCAAUCCUAGCAUUCUUUUAUACUAAGGGUUUCUGGAACAGAGGUAUUAUUUGUGAGACUGAUGGGCCUUUGAUUAGAUGCUAUGUCACUUAUCAGCCCAUGAGUUCAAAAAUCAUCAAGAGCAACGAAUCAGUACUAAAGGCGGAACCAGAAGAUGUGGUUUACGAAUCAUCGCUGCCUGGAGAAGAUCAUAUCCAGUAUCGGCUGAUGACUGGUAUUCACAGAGAACUUUUGCCUGAGGGCGACGGUGUCGCCUAUUGGGUUUUGCGCGUCGAGGUCAUAGAAGAGAACACAUUGCUCAAAACUCAAAAAAUUAUUUUUUCGUUUGUGCCUGAGCCCUGGAUGCGUGUUACGACCACCGAAGUGGUCCACCCUGAAAACCUCCAAUCCACGUUUUUUGUGCCAUGUGGAACGCGAUUUGCAGUAGUGGGUAUGCAAACACUUCAGAUCUGGAACCUUCCAACGCGCGAGAACAAUAAAUGUAGCCUGCAAUUCAUUUGGAGUCAGCCCAGAGAUGAAAAGGAUCUGGGACCUGGUGGGGUUGCAUUUAGAUCCACACGUGUCAGAGACUACUAUCUCGACACAUCCAGCACCAAUGUUUAUUUGGAUACGGAGACGGGAAAUACUGUUGCAGAAAUCAAGUUGAAUGACAAGUUUAGAAAAAAAUCUGUCACAAUCCCUGGACCAGGUACAAUUGGUGCUCGAUAUGCUAUCCUGUUUUGCUUCCGUAGUAUUCAUUUACUUGCUGCUGCGUAUGCGUUCUCAUAUCAAGAGAGUAAAAAAUCGACCCGGGAAACGCCUCAAGUAAGCUUCACGUAUGAAGAUCAUGCAGAAGCCAUUGUCCGGUUCACACGAGAGCACAUUAAUCGUAUGAUGUCAGUGGGGAUUUACUCGCCUAAAAAGCGACCACCAUAUAACAAUAACAACAGCAACGCAUCGUCUACUCAGCAACAGAAUAAUAGCAUUCGAAAUAACUCAAAUCACUCGGACACCCCUGCUCUCCCUCAUAACGGCAUCCAGUUCGUUGAUACCCCUGCUUCUACUACAAAAUCGGCUGUAUCAGAGCCUGAAGCAAUAGCUAUGGGCGACAAUGUUAUCCAUACCGGCACUAAUGGGCGUGGUAAAGAUGAUAGUGAUAAUGAUAACAACGAUCGACUAUAUCGACGGAGCAAUCCCUUGAACCGCCAUCAUAACAAGCCUACAAGCAAGCCGUCUGUCUCUGGCAGCUCCAAAUUAGACGUUGUGACGGUGCUGACGCUAUUGUUGGAUCAUCCGUACUUGCAGUGCACAAACCAUAUCUUUGUGGAAGGUUUGUUGAAUACAGAUAACGGAGAUUGGAUCCCCCGUGAUAACAAGGUACUCAACCCCAUUAAGCGAGCGAUUGAAGCAAAGAAUGGGCCUCUUGUGGAGGCGUUUAUUGAAUAUUGUAUCAAAAACGCCAAGAAAUAUCAUCCUGCUUAUUUGAUGCCUGCUGUCCAAUGUCUGAACGAACUCUCGGAUCGCUACCCAAAGAUCUUGGUUGAUAUGUUCCGAAAAGCAUCUUAUGUCCCGGCCCAUAAUCACAACUAUGUCUCCUCGCACGCACUUAUUGCGAACCCGCAGUACAAGCAAUGGCUGCUUGCCAAACUUAAGUUCUGGAAUAUGUUUUCGUCUAAAAAAUGGGAGAAAUCCAACAUCAUCAAUGACUAUGAAAGACCUGUCUUCAGCUUACGAUCUCAACUACCCUUCCGAGCAUCUAGUUUUAUGAACAUUCUAAAUAUUGAAACAUCAGUUCGGGAUGAGCGUGCUAAAAAGUUCCCACCUAAACAAGAUGUGGGCGCAGAAGAAAAGAAACAGAUGCAAUCACCAUAUUCGCACAAGAUUUAUGUCGCACCGUUCCCAAAGCUGUCGAUGUAUGGGCCAUACCGACCAUGGUUCAGAGAUGCGACCGAGUCGGCAAAAUCUGCAUUUACAGAUAUUGCAGGACGUGACUUUUUUGAUAGUCCUGCCAUGGUGGCCACCUUGGAUUUUAAAUGGCACAAGUUCGGGUUUUUUUACUGGUUCCUGAGAUUCUUGGUAGUACUUACGUUCUUUAUCCUAGUGGUGGUCAUCACUGCACAGCAGAUUAGGGUCAUGUCCAUUGACGAACCAGUGCGGUUGACGGCAGAAGAUAUUGAAAUUCGCUAUAUGAAUAGUUGGCGCCCAGUAUUUAAAGCCACGAUUGUUGUCGGCUGCUUGUUGGCCGGUUAUGAGGUUAUACAGUUUUUGGACGCUCCCAAGAAGUAUUACAAAUCACCGUACAAUUACAUGGAUCUAGCCGCCUAUGUAGCCCCAGUCAUAGGAUGUAUAUUGUUCUUGAGAGAUACCCCUAAUGGAAAACCAGACGACGGUGGCCCUGAUCAGAUCUGGAUCAUGAGUUUUUCUAUCCUUGCGCUCUACAUCAACAUUCUAUUUGAAUUGAGAGUUAUCAAGCAACUGGGAAUUGUCGUCAAUAUUAUCCUCAAUAUCACUCGAAGAAUCAUCUGGUUCUUCCUGAUUUUUGGUUUAUUCUUAGUCAGUUUUACUCACGCAUUGUUACAUCUGCUCCAUACGCGACCCUACAACCCCGAAUGUUUGGAGCAAGAAUGUGAUCAUGGUUAUCUAGAUGGGUUCCCUAAAGAUUUUGCUUCCGCACUAGCAACAACUUAUUUCUUCUUGGCGGGCCGAUAUGAUCCUAUUGAAACUUCAUUCGAAAAAGAAGCAGCGAGCUUCCAAAUUAUGAUGAUUAUCUUCUUCUUCUUCACGGCCAUAUUGCUGCUUAAUAUUCUCAUCGCACUCAUGAAUGAUGCGUUCAAUGAGAGUAAGAGUGAAGGUCAGCUCGCAUGGCUGAAACAAUGGUCUGAGGUCAUCGCUGAGGUUGAGGUAUAUCUUAUGACACAAGGCGCGCGACAGAACCGUAACUAUUUCCCUGAUUAUAUUUACUAUGGUGCAAGCGAACAAGAGGCAGAGUUGUACGAGUCCAAGUUCUGCAUCGCCAACAAGUCAAAUCUCUCGAUAGAAAAUCGAUUCUUGGUCGAAACAGUUACUUCGGAGCAAAAUUCAUCUCAGCUGGCACAACGUGCAAUACUUAGAGAUGUACAAGCCCUAAGUAAAGACCUCGAAAAAGUAAAGCUAAUCCAAGAAGGCCUCAAUCAUGAAAUGACCAAAUUGACGGAAGUAGUGGCAGUAGUCUUUGCGCAGGCGACAGCAAUCGUAGGUGAAGGUUCCAGUGAACCCAUGUCACAAGUUUCACCGAUUGAGCAAGAUCCACCUGCCAGUGGCGCUUCUCCCGUGUCAGGCUCUGAUAACAAUACACCAUUUGCCUCUCCUAUUGGAAGUGCUCCUGGGACGCCUAAAUCCCCGCUAUUCCAAGGUGGAGUCUUGAGACCUUCCCCGGGUGCAGCAGCCGCAGCCCAACGUCGACAUAGUAGUAUCGGAAGACCGCCAGCAAUAGCUGGGUCUAUGCGUCGUAAGACUAGCACUCCUGCUCCAUAUACAGGGUUGCCAAUGACUCCACAUUGCAACUCGCCUCAAGAUUCAAUAGAUGAUGCCAUAGUUCCUGGCUCGGUUUCUGAAAAGGGACCAUUAGGCGGCAGUGGGGACAGUAGCAUUAGUAGGCCCUCUACGACCUAUGAUUCAGCUGGUCCAUCGUCCUCUUCCUCUGUGAGCGCUCCUGUGCCCCCAUCUUUACCGGCGGAGCCCUACAAAGCCGGUGAUAUCGCAGCAGAUGAGGGUCAAAGUCGUAAAGACCGACAGUUGUCGCUCAAGCGGCGGCUCCAGCGAAAGCUGGCAGCUGUCCAAACGAUGGAUGAUGCACUCAAGGCUCGGAAUCUUCAGCUAGAAGAAAACAAUGCUAGCCACCCCAUGUAUGUUAUCCCACAGAGUCGUCACGGCAUUGAUGCAGAUCUGUUGUGCGAUUCAGUGGAUGAAGUGAGGGAAGCAACAGCAAUCGCACCGGUUCAUCACAGCAGCACCUUCCAUCCUAGUACCUCAGACCACCAGCGACAGCAUCAGCGUCAGUAUCUGCAUCAACAUCAUCAUUCGGGAUCACCAGAACACGUCAGGAAGACACAGAGUGAGAUUAUGACAUCAUUGAGGCCCCGAGAGUUUGUUCCAUUACAUCUGCGUUUGCAAGAAAGUCCUCAAGAACAUAGUGACUAAAACCCGUAAAAAACUAAAAUAUUCUGCUAAUACAAGAGUAAAAUAAAUGAGAUAACAAC